AUGGCUGACUCGAGAAGAAGAGUUUCUUUCACCUACAAUGGUCCUCAGGAGUAUUUUGACCUCGGAGACAAGGUCAGAAAACUCAUCCAGGAUGACACCGGCACGGAGAACUGGAUCGCUACCAGGUCGCUCCCUCCCUUCGAACAUCCCCCGCCCAUGUCUUCCAAGGCCAUCGACGAGCUCAAGAAGAUGCCUGGGGUCAAGGUUCAGGAUGUAGAGCAGGACGAUUAG